AUGUGGACCGUUUUUAAGCUUGACCACGCCACAAUCUACAACUAUCAAAUUUACGCAGCUUCCGACUUUGAACAGAUUGCUCUUUCGGGACACUUGAUGACGGUUGGGACAAUCGUGAGUGCGGUCCUCAAGCCGCCUCUCGCGCAGAUAUCCGACGUUAUCGGACCGGCCGAGACAUACAUUGGCGUGAUUGUCUGCUAUGUCAUUUCGUACGCUCUCUGUGUAUCCGCCAGGGGAUUUGGUCAAUAUAUAGGAGGGUACAUCAUCAAUAAUGUUGGUCAGACUGGGAUGCAGAUCCUCAACCAGAUCAUUGUGGCAGACAUUACAUCUUCCAGAUGUCGUGGUCUCGCCAACGGGCUAGUCAGCCUGCCCUUUACGAUCAUCCCGUGGUUUUCGGCAUUUAUCGUCGACAGCGCGCUCGUCCACAUUGGUUGGCGUUGGGGGAUAGCCAUGUUCUCCAUUAUCAUGCUAGCCUGCUCUCUCAGCGUCGUCAGCCCUCUGGUUUGGUUCCAACGUCGAUUGGAGCGAGCUGGGGGGUGCGUGCGGACAAAGACUUCAAUCUGUGGAUUCGGUUCCCAGAUCGAUUUCGGCGGGAUGCUACUCCUCAGCGGCGGCUGCGGAAUGCUUCUGCUGCCGACAGCCCUUGCCGAGAACGCCAAAAGUCGCUGGACUACACCGUGGGUUCCGACUUUGAUGGCAAUCGGAGUCGCGGGCCUGACUUUGUUGAUAUACUACGAGUCUCGAAUAGCGACGAAGCCGGCCACGCCACCACGCUUGUUCGAGAAUAUCUCCCUACCCCUUGCAUUCCUGAUCAGGCUAGUGGAUGGCCUUUGCUUACAGCGUCACACACACUUACCUGUAUGCUUGGGCAACAGUGGUUCACGAACUUGCGUCACGCGAUGCCACGUUUCUGACGACACGGCGGGAUGUGUGCAAGUUUUGAUAGGUUUGGGCACGGGGUUCCUCAUGUACCGUUCGAAACGAUAUAAGUGGCUGUUGCUGGUUGGGAUCGUCAUUCGACUUAUCGGGUACGGAUUCAUGAUGCGUCUUCGAGUCAUCCAGGGCGCAGGCAGCGGAGCGGUUGGCACGAUCGUCAUUGUCGUCGCACAGAUCGUGGUUCCGAGGGCGGAAUUGGCGUAUUCCACGGCCCUGGAGCUUUUACGGAUCUAUCUUGGUAACAGCGCAGGCUCGGCAGUUGUUGGCACUAUUUACACCAACCUCAUCAAGGAGCAGCUACGCUUCUGGAUGGGUUUGGAUGCGUCACAGGCAGCGAUCAACAGUAUAUACGGCUCGAUUACAGCUGUGGUCCCUCGGCCGGGAACAAGCGACCGCAACGCCAUCAACCACGCCUAUUCCGAUAUCCUGAGAUCCAUGACCAUCGUAGCAUUGGUCGCAUCCGCAAUCCCGAUGGUGCUGAUCUGGUUUCUGUCCAACCUCGAACUGAACGACAAACACAACCUGGCUGGUAAUUCACCAGAGACUGGCGAAUCAGACGCUCAGCCUGACCUGGCUGACGAGACUCGGCCGCGCAAGUGGAAGCGAAGAAUGUGUUGGUGA